CCUCAUUCACUCUCUAAAGUCUCUCUCUCUUUCUCUAAACUUUCACCAAAGAGAGAUGGCCAAGGGAAGAGGCAGUGCAUCAUGGUCGGCUCGAGCCAUAGUGACUCUUAUGGUUGUGUCAGUGUUGUUGCUUCAAGCUGACUACGUUCAAGCUGCAACUUACACGGUCGGAGACUCUGGUGUCUGGACCUAUAACGCUGUGGGUUGGCCUAAAGGCAAACACUUUAGAGCCGGCGACGUUCUUGUGUUUAACUAUAAUCCGAGGAUGCACAACGUAGUGAAGGUAGAUAGUGGAAGUUACAACAACUGCCAAACACCGGCAGGGGCGAAAACUUACACUUCAGGCAACGAUCGUAUAACUUUGUCUAAAGGACAAAACUUCUUCAUCUGCAAUUUUCCAGGCCAUUGUGAAAACGCUAUGAAAAUCGCAGUCACCGCGGUUUGAUCCAUCAUCGAGCAAUCAAUAUAGUUUGAUCACUUGUUAUGUUUUCUUAAGAAAAUAUUUAAGUAUGC